AUGCCUUCCAAGGAUCCACCCCCCGACGAGCCACUAUGGACCGAAGCAGAAACACUCAUUCUGAUGGCUCAUCUCGAAGCAUUUGUCAAAGGGGAUAAAUGCUCCCGCAAGGAGCUCCUUAUCUCCACCGUUUUGCCAAAAAUGAAGAAGCAUUGUCGGGACAUGGUGCCAGAACAAUGGAAGCAUAGGAAGUUGCAAAUCAAGUGGUGGUUCUACAACCAUAAAGAACCAGACAAGACCGACUUUGACCUUGGCUGGAAGACCCACCUCAAAACCAUUAUCUCCCACCUCUGGGGUGAGGAGUUGCAUGCCUUAGCUAGUGAGUGUUGCAGUCAUGACUCCAGUUCCCAACCAUUUUUCAAGAUGUAUUUGACUGUUUACGCGGAUUUCCAUAAGAGCAUGACACCAGAGCAGAAUCGUCAAGCAAAGGAGGCUCAACGAACAUGGGAAGUACAGCACCCACCAGAGCUACAAUACAAGAAUGUCGGUUUACACUUGGAGAAAGUUCUGCUGUCUGUAGCAAAGAUGCUCUACCACGAGUUUGGGAUGACAGUCAUCAUUGAUCUGCCUGCUAUUGACAACAGCAGUCAUGACUUCUCAAAGACUGUCGGAGUCAACUGCCCCGAGAAGUCCUUCACAGACCUUCAUCCGACUCUCAUUGACCAAUUCAAGAAAGCGCUCAUCAAGCAGAUGUCUUACAAAUUACUCCAGAAUUUGGAGGUGCCUUCUGAUGAGGAGACGGGGACAGAGAGCCAAGUCCCGACCUGCUCAUCAACUCCUAGCGGACGCCAGCUGCCCCACCUACAAUGUGAUCCCCAUGGAUAUCCGUUUCUCCCACCUCUUCUGCCUGGUGGAGAGUCAACUCCACAACAAUGA